AUGGGAUCCUUACCGCAGCUUGCCGUCGUCAAGGGACAGUUGCGGCCCCAGCUGGUGCCGACCUUGCUGCACCGCACGUUCGAGGCGAACGUGGACAGAUUCUGUGGCACCGAAACGGCCCUCGUCUUCAAUGACGAUGAGCGCGGUGAGCUGCGGAUCAGCUACAAUGUGCUCAACUCGACCGCCAACCGGCUGGCGGCGGCCACGUUGCAGCGCGUCAAGGAGCACUUCCGGUCGCCACCGAACGGCGACGGGGACAGCAUCGUGGCCGUGUGCAUGCACCCCUCGGACCGGCUGGUGACGAUGCUGCUGGCCAUCUGGAAGGCAGGCGGUGCGUACCUGCCGAUCGACCCGACCUUUCCGGCGAACCGCAUCCAGCACAUACUGGCCGAGGCCCGGCCGGUGCUGGUGGUGUACGACGACGACUACGACAACGCCGCAAUCUUCGGUCGCACGCCGGCCAUCAGCUACGCCGAGCUGCGAAAGCGCGCCAGCGACAUGAGCAACGCUAACGUCCGGUCGGAGGCGAUGCUCGGGGCCGGCGCCAACCAGUUGGCUCUCGUCCUGUACACGUCCGGUAGCACCGGAGUUCCGAAAGGAGUGCGUCUGAACCACGGCACCAUCCAGAAUCGGCUCGAGUGGCAGUGGGACCGCUUCCCGUACUCGCCGACCGAGAGGCUCGGAGUGUUCAAGACGGCCCUCACGUUCGUCGACUCGGUUACCGAGAUUUGGGGUCCGCUGCUGAACGGAAUGGCCAUCGUGGUCGUACCGAAGACGGUGACCAACAACCCGGAGAAGCUGGUCGAUCUGCUGGAGCGGUACGCCAUCGAGCGGUUGGUGCUGGUACCAACCCUGCUCCGCUCGCUGCUGCUCUACCUGCCCCUGCAGCACCGGGCCGGUUCCGAGGAGAAGCUGCUCCACCAGCUGCGCAUCUGGGUGUGCUCUGGGGAGCCGCUACAGAUUUCGUUGGCCCGCGAGUUCUUCGACUACUUCGAGGAAGGCGUACACCAGCUGUGCAACUUCUACGGGUCCACCGAGGUGAUGGGGGACGUGACGUACUUCGUGUGCGAGUCGAAGAGCCAGCUGGAGCACUAUGACCGCGUACCGAUCGGCUACCCGCUCGAUAAUACGGCGAUCUACGUGCUGAACAAGCACUUGACGCCGGUACAGGUGGAAGAGAUCGGCGAGCUGUACGUGUCCGGCCUCAACCUGGCCGAGGGCUACGUAAAUGGGCGCGAUCCGGACCGCUUCAUCGACAACCCGCUCGCGGUGAACCCGGUCUUCGAUCGGCUCUACAAAACCGGUGACUACGCCACCGUCCGCAAGGGUUGCGUGUACUACGAGGGGCGCACGGACUCGCAGAUCAAGAUCCGGGGCCACCGGGUGGACCUGUCGGAGGUGGAAGCCAACCUGCUCGGGUUGCCCGGAGUCGACAAGGGCAUCGUGCUGUGUUACCACGCCGGCGAGAUCGAUCAGGCGCUGGUGGGUUUCAUCACGCUCGAGCCCGGUUGCCACUACCGCACGGGACUGCAGGUGGAAUCGGCGCUCGGUGACAAGCUGGCCCACUACAUGAUACCGCAGGUCGUCCUGCUCGACACCAUUCCGCUGUUGGUCAACGGCAAGAUCGACCGCCAGGCCCUGUUGAAGAUGUACGAAAGCACCAACAACAACGAUGAUACCCAGCUCGAGAUCGAGUACGACUACACGGGCGUCCCGCUGAGCCGUAUGCCCACCGCGAAGGAUCUCUUCGAGACGGUCGGCCAGGUGAUUGGGCGCUCGGCGCGGGACAAGGUUUCUAUCGCCAGCAACUUCUAUGAGCUCGGCGGCAAUUCGCUCAAUUCGAUCAUCACCGUGACGCAGCUGUGCGGCAAGGGCUACCCGCUCAGCAUCACGACGUUCAUCGGGGCCAAGAACCUGGGCGAGGUGCUGGACAAGAUCUGCGCCGACCAGCUGGAGCUGCAGACCUUCCGCGAGAAGCACCUCGGUACGGUGCCCAUCGUGAAGGUGCCCAGCUUUGACUAUACGAUGCGCCUGACGGCGUACCCGCUGGCGAUGGAUCACAAGGACGACACGAUCAACAUCAUCACGUCCAGUUUCUUCGAAAAGGCCGACCUGGAGCAGUGGCUGAAACCGCAGAUCUUCGAAACCGACUACCGCGACAUCCUGGAAGACAUCUGGCCCGUGCUGAUCGAGAAGGGGUUGAGCUUCAUCAUCAAGGAUCACACGGGCCGCUCGGUGGGCGUUUCGCUCAACUUUGAUGCGCGCGACGAACCGGAGGUGACCGUCACCAGCAAGCUGCUGAUCGUGUUCGAAUUCCUCGAGUUCGUCGAGGGACCCAUACGCGACACGAAGCUACCGACGGGCACGAAUCAGAUCCUGCACUCGUUCAUGAUGGGCACGUGUGCGGAGCUGUCGGCGCAGGAAAACAUCGAAGCAAUGCACUUCAUGGAGAGCGAGGUGCUGGAGUUGGCGCACCGACGGCACUUUGCCGGUAUCUUCACCACCAACACCAACCCCUUGACGCAGCAGCUCGGCUCGAACGUGUACCAGUACGAGACGAUGCUGGACUUCCAGGUGAACCAAUUCGUGUACAGCGCCGAUGGCUCGAGACCGUUCGCUGCGGCACCGGCCAGCCAGCGGGCAGUGGUACACUGGAAGGACAUUCGCUCGUAAACGGGCGUGCCCCGGCGUGGGCGGCUGUGUAGGCGCUCCCCUUGGGGGGGCUUGGUGAACGUUUAAAUUAUUUUUUAUUUAUAAACCCCACGAUGGCCUCUCACAGGCUACAGUUCGUUCCCACCUCCUUCGGUCCUUUAACCCCACCAAACGGAAAGCACGGAGAAACGCGGAUGCUCCGGCAUGCUCCGUGAAUGCGGCCCACACGCACCUCCCGCAGGCUCUGACUCCUCUGCACAACGUCGCACCGUCGCUUCUUUUAGUAGGUUAACUUCGGUACGGGGCUUCCAAGUUUCUUUUACUUGUCUUUUGCUAAAGAUCGUGAUCAAGUAGCGUUAAGCAAACAGUAUUGUAAUAGUUACGGUUCGCAGCUGCACCGGCGAAAGGGCGGCGGCAACGCAACGUCUUGUGCUAUGGAAGUGUUCCCCCCGCACAGGGGGACAAGUUCCAACAAUUGGCACACGUUUGGCAGGCGCAUAACGAAACGCGCGCGUUGGUACAAUGAUGCUAUGUAUUAUUUUAAAUAUAAGGCGAUAAAUACAGUAAUA